CUUUUGACGAUGACGACGAAGAAGGAUGUCAGGAAAUGCCAGUCGUCAAAGAGGAUGACUUUGGAGGCGGCAAUCUCAUCGAUUUCGACUAGGGGGUGUCAAAUGGCGUUCCAAGACAGAACAGAACGAGAAUGGAUAUACCAGACUGCAGGUCAACGAAGAAGAUGAGGCGGAUGAGGUUCACCUGCGUACACGUUAUUUGUUUGACGAGGACAAGGUUAUGACCCCCCUCAGCCACCAGCCAGAAAUGGUACAGAAGUUCAAGACUUCUAAUAGAAAGGAGCACAAAGCAUCUUUUCAACAUAUGGAGCUGCGGGCGAUGAAGUUCAUGGGCCGCCUCUAUUACAACAUGGAACUUGAAACUACUUGCGCAUCUUUACAGUCGAACAGGCAUGAUCAUGUAUGCUCAAACGCUAUAUCAGAGCAGAAUAUGAUAGACAGCCUAGCUGUGCAUGGUGUGCGAGCGAUAGAUCUUGUACCAUUGCUAAUGACAACUCAUACCGUUGCCAACCCUGAAAACGACCCUGUUGAAGCACGGCGGCAGGUUGAAACCCGAGGAUUCAAGGAAGAUAUGACAAGCAGGCGGAACUCCAAAGACAAACUUCGACCUUCCUGCCUGGUUUCGGACGGUCGCAGUCCUCCUCAGACACCAACAUCUCCUUCCUCGACCACUCAGAUGAGCUUUCAGACUACGGCCAAAGUCCUUGAGGGUACUGCUGUUGAUUCUUCAUCAAUGGGAGUCACUACGACGCUCUCAUCCGCUGAAAAAGAUGUUACACUUGAUAUUCGGUGGACCGUUCUGGCCUGUUCCUUGUGUUUUGCUCGUAGAUUUGACUGCGAUCAUCUGCGGUGAUACAUAAUGGGGUGGGACUGAGCUGAUAAUCAUACAAGCGCUCAUGGUGUCAGCUGAGAGCUAGAACGACAUAUAAGUCGAUAUGAAAUCACACCCCAGGCGCCUGAAGGGCUGUCCAAACUUCUUGAGAUAUUGUACGCAAGGAACCCUUAAGUAUCCUGUGCGGUAUUGAAACGAGGCAGGUUGAGGCAGUGAAGCACCAAAACGCACAAUUCACGGAUCUCAGCGGCUUAGAGAAAGACAACAGUCAGAUUCGAGCGCUGGAAGAUA